UAUAUGGAAUACUUUGUAUAAUAUAUGUGUUUUUGUUUUUUUUUUUUUAAUUGGUAAGGAGGACCCUGACUAGACCUCAACCCUCAUGGGUAUUUUGGUCUAGUAUUUACGGGUCAGGCACUUGGGAGUAGAGAGGAGGGUAAGGGAAUCCCUACCCUCAAGUAUCUUCACUUGAUAGGAUUCGAACCCCAUACCUCUAGGAACUUUGUAUAAUAUAUGUGGCCAUCUUGUAGCUUGUACUGAUUUAGUAUAUGUACAAGAUAUCACACGUAUACUAAGGCCUAAGAGUUUUUAUUAUAGGAGAACAAAUAUUAUUUCAUAAACAAGGGACAAAAUAAUAGAAAAUUUUCAACUUAACCACUUUUUGAAAAACAAGGCAUGAUAAAUUAAGAGAGUACAUCAUUUACCUAAUUGCCUACUUUAGUUUACUCAUUUCUCACUUUUCUGAUUUGUCAACGUUCUCAGAUUCAAGCAUUUGUUCUACAUAGACUAACUAUUUUAGAGCUUUUAACAUUAUGUUAAUGGGCUGGUUCUGUUAUUGUACUCAAAAAAAUAAUGCUUAACUAAUAACUAAUACAGAGUAUUUCUCUUUAAUGACUCGCUCUGAAUGAAGAUUUGUUAGCAGCAAUGGAAGCAUUUAGCCCGAAAGAUUCGUCUAUUCUAUCAAGUCCUUACUCAUCACAAAAUCUUAGUGCCUUACUGAAGAUUAAAGUCAUAUCAUGGAGUCAAGAGACUGGAUUGCCUGUAACAGUUCGUGUUCGUGUUGCUAAUAGAUCUUUCAACUUGCACAAGUCUCCAUUGAUAUCUAAGAGUGGAUAUUUCAAGAGGCAGUUAAAUGAAUGGCAAGAAGUUGAUCUGCCAUCGAAUUUUCCUGGAGGUUCAGAAACAUUUGAGAUGAUCGCGCUCUUCAUCUAUGGUUCUUCCACAUUUAUUGAUCCUUUCAAUGUUGCAUCCCUUCGUUGUGCAGCCGAAUUUCUAGAGAUGACAGAAGCUUUGGGUGGCCCUGGCAACUUAUGUGAAAGAACUGACCUGUACUUAACUCAGGUGAUACUGCAAAGUUGGGAUGAUACCCUAAUUGUGCUGCAAAAAUGCCAAGCGUUGCUCCCUUGUGCAGAGGAGCUUCUAAUUGUGAGUCGGUGUAUAGAAUCGUUGGCCUUUAUGGCUUGUAUGGAGAUUCUUGAUCCCGAGAGGAAAAGGAAGAAGGGAAUUGUGUCACUAGAAGCUCUUGCAUCCCAGCCAUGGAAAAGCAAACUCGUAAAGGAAAUUCUAAGUGAUCAAGAUCAUCUUUGGAUAAAAGAUUUAGUUGCUCUUCCAUUUGGGUUUUUCAAAAGGGUUAUAGGGUCAUUAAGAAGGCAAGGUAUGAAGGAGAAAUAUGUAAGUCCCAUCAUUGUUUUUUAUGCCAACAAAUGGGUGAUCUCUAAGAAAACGCGACAAUUUUGGGAGUGUUUAUGUGACAAUGAUGAUGACAACAACAAUAGUAACACUCGUGAUGAUGAUACGAGUGAUAAGGUAUUGGAAACAUUAAAAGGAAUACUAGACUUGUUGCAUGUAGGAUCGAAGGUGAGUAAAAUAAUUCCUGUUGGGUUCUAUUUCGCCUUAUUAGCUAGAUCUCUCGAGCUUGGUGGAUCAAGCAUGACUGAAGGAAAGGAAAGGCUACAACAGCAAAUCGUGUUUCUUUUACCUUUGGCACACGUUGAAGAUUUUCUUCUUCCAAAACAACUGACAGAGUCCUUUACAUCAAGUAUGGAAGUGGGUGUGAUGGAGAGUAUAUUUUCCUCAUAUGUUUUGUCUAAUAUUGAAAUGAAGCAAAGCCCUCCUAUGGGAAACAGUAUUGUGGCAGAAUUGUGGGAUUCAUACCUCUCUUUGAUUGCCCAUGAUCCAAAUAUGACACCAAAGAAGUUCAUGAAUCUUGUUGAAAUAGUGCCUAUAUCCUACAGAAAUAAUCAUGAUCAUCUUUAUGCAGCAAUGAACACAUACAUCCAGGCACAUCCACAUCUGUCACAAGAAGAUAAAAACACGGUCUGCAAGUACUUGAAUUGUCAAAAAUUGUCCCAAGAAUUAUGCGUUGAGGCAGUGCAGAACGAGUUCAUGCCACUUCGAUUAAUAGUUCAAGCACUCUUUAUUCAGCAACUCAACACACAGCAUGCCUUCAAGGAAUGUUCAGAGUCAUUCAGGUUUGCAUAUUCAAGGGAACUCUCAGGAAGUCUUUCGAGUUCAAGAUAUCAAAAUUCUAAAAGCCAAAAUCUAGGAGAGAGUGAUCACGAGGGUGAAAUAAUGAUCAUGAACAAACCAUUAAGUUGCCUACUAGAGAGUGAUCAUGUAGUGAUGCAAAAAAAGUCUGAGAUACUUGCAGCAGCAAAAAAGGAGUACGAGUCCACGAGUUUCAGAAUUCAGAAUCUUGAACAAGAGCUUGUAUCUCUUAAGAAGAGUCUUCGGUUGAAGAAGAACACGAAAGAAACAGAAGAAGACCCUCCCAAAAUGAUUAACUUUGGGUUAGAAGGAAGAUCACAUAGUAGUAAAAGGAGGAAUAAUUCACUUGGACAAGUUACUAGUUGCAUUGGUUCAGUAAAUUUUUCUUCUCAGAGGAAAUAUGCUGGCAGAUUAUUAAAGAUCUUUAGAAGGGUGACUUUGUUUGGAAGAGCAAAACUAAAGAGAAAACCUAGUGUUUCAGGUUCAUAAAGAAACAAGCAAGUAUGAAUAAUUAGUAUUAAUGUAAUUGUAAGUUGAAUGAUGAUUAAAGAAAUAAGUGCUUGCAAAUAAAUAAUUCAUGGAAGGAGAUAAUUAUUUGCAAAGAAAGUUUAAGAGGCAUAAAAAUGCAAUCUUGUGGCUUAGAAUUAGUUAUAUACUUUGUAUAGAACAUCUAUAUGUGAUAAUUUUUUCUUAUGUA